AUGGUAUACCAGACUGAAGGCUAUGUUUCAGAGCUAAUAACUCGCUCCGUAAAAGCUUGCCUGCUUUUUAUUUUUGUGCUCACCACCUUCCUAGGGAAUGCUCUGGUGUGCACCGCCGUGGUGCGGUUUCGUCAUCUUCGCUGCAAAGUGGCAUACGUGUUUGUAGUGUCUUUGGCUGUCUCUGAUCUCUUAGUUGCCUCUCUUGUUAUGCCAUGGAAGGCAGUAACCGAGAUUGCGGGUUUCUGGCCGUUUGGCGAUUUUUGUGAAGUAUGGAUAGCCUUUGACAUUAUGUGCUCCACAGCUUCCAUACUCAACCUGUGCAUCAUAAGUGUGGAUCGCUACUGGGCUAUUUCCAGUCCUUUUAGCUACGAGCAGAGAAUGACAAGGAGAGUGGCAUUUGUCAUGGCUGGAGUGGCAUGGACUCUUUCGGUUCUGAUCUCAUUCAUUCCUGUGCAGCUAAGUUGGCAUAAAACUCUGGGCCAUGAAGGAGACCUUGUGGAAACAGCUUACAAAUGUGAUGCCAGUUUAAACCGCACGUAUGCCAUCACCUCAUCUUUUAUCAGCUUUUACAUUCCCGUUACAGUAAUGAUUGUAACUUACUCUCGCAUCUUCAUCAUAACACAGAGGCAGAUCCGAAGGAUAUCUCUGCAGGAGUGCACCAUCAAGCAUGUUCAGUCUUGCCAAGGCUGCAACAAAGCACCUGAAGAUAAGUUGAAAAGCUCAUUUAGGAGGGAAACCAAAGUCUUGAAAACUUUAUCUAUUAUCAUGGGUGUGUUCGUCUGCUGUUGGCUCCCUUUCUUUAUCCUGAACUGCAUGGUGCCUUUUUGCGACUCCGGCUUUCACGAUGCUGGACAGAUCCCAUGUGUCGAUAAGACCACAUUUAAUGUGUUUGUAUGGUGUGGAUGGGCUAACUCUACUUUGAACCCUGUGGUUUAUGCUUUUAACGCAGAAUUCCGCAAAGCGUUCUCCAGCCUCCUGGGAUGUGGGAAGAUUUGCUCUCAGAAUAGUGUCCGGACGAUUGCCUUCAGCAACGAGCUGGUGUCGUAUCAUCGGGACUCCACGAACCUUCGAGAUGCUCACCUCCUUGGUCACCCCUGCCUGCUUCCACACACUAUCAGGGAGGACAGUGAGAGAGACAUGUGCUUUGAUACUGUUUCACAGAUAGCUGAAGUCCCUUUUGAGAUGGAAUGUAACUUUAUAUAUGGGGAAGGGCCUCCAAUGCUGGAUCAUGGAGAGGCAGAACUACCUUUGGAUAAAGUCAUAAGAUUUGCACGGGAGGACAUUGGACAUGAGAAUCAUGCUGCAGGUGUAUUAACUUGUGUCACGGGAAUACUGUAAUUCGUAAAAGUGUUGUCGUGCAUUAGAGAAAGAUAAUACUGUCAUGGUGUAUUAACUAAAGGGUGGAUAACAUGCGGCCACUUAAAUUGAGAGACUUGAAUGUCAUUGU